AUAUUGCUGCCUACAAUGUUAGACUAAUCUGAAAGUGACACAUUAUAAUCAGAGCGUCACCAAUUCGCUGGCGUCCUGUUUCUGAUGUAUUAGAAAUCUGAAGAAUACCGACUGAAACCAAACCCCUGGAGGAACUAUAUUUGACCAGAGACAACAGAGGAAGGGGUCAGACAGCGGAGGAAAAAGCCCAAGUUAUUUAGGUGAACAGAAGAAGGGGCAGCCAGCUGGGCGAUCUCAGUGUUUCCUGGCUUUGAUGCGACCCGAGUGUGCCUGGAGCAUGUCCACAGUGGGCUUGACUGCCCAGGAGAUCUCUCUUCCCAUAGAAAACCCCUUCCUGCGGGGCAGCUACUGUCACAGCAUGGCUGGAUCCAAAUCGUCCUGGGUCUACCCUGAAUGGGAAAACCCCUACUUCAGUAUGGAAAGUUCAACACAUCACAUCACUAAUGCUCAGCUAAAGGGUCCACCUCCGGCAUCACAAAGUUCUGAGAGACACAAACACAGUCCCUGCACCCAGAGAUUUCCUCCAAAGAAAUCCCGGCCCUCCGCUCUCUCCCUGUCCUGCAGUACUGAACCAUCUAGCCCCAGUCCUGCAGAUGACGGUCAGGUCCCCUCAUCCCAGCUCUCUAUGUGCAGGUGCAGCAGUCCACCACAAACACCGGAUAGAUACUCGAAGCCUCUGCCUCCCAUCCCUCGGCAACCAGACAUCACCACUGAGCAGGCUACAGACAGUGAGGUAGAAUUUCUCAUAAAAUCAGAUGACAGGUGCUGCCUGAUGUCUGAUCAGUGUAGCAAACCAUCUCCUUUUCGAUAUGGAAUUCCGAGUCGACGCAGCUUCAGGGACUUCGGGCAAAUCAACCCGGCUUACUGUGACAAUCCCUUAGGGCCACAGAGCCCGAGGCCAACCCCACCGCAGCACCAGAUGCAUCUGCAACAGGAAGUCCGUGAAAAGUAUGAGCCACCUGAGACGGCCGUCUGUCAGGGGCAGCAGGACAAAGCUCAGAGGAAGUUACGGCGCUCUCACUCUGGCCCUGCUGGAUCACUUAACAAGCCUUCUUUCCUGCACAUCCCAUGCCACAAACGUAACACUCACAGUAUGUAUAAACCUAAAGGGCCACCCCCUAUCCCUCCACGAACAUCUGGGGCUUACAGCGAUGAGGACAAACCACCCAAGGUACCCCCAAGGGAACCUUUGUCUGGUGGCAGCUCUCGUACCCCGAGUCCUAAGAGUCUACCAGCGUAUGUCAACGGGGUGAUGCCCCCAACACAAAGUUUUGCACCAGAUCCCAAGUACGUAAGUCGGGGUUUACAGAGACAGAACAGUGAGGGCUCCCCCUGUAUCAUUCCUGUUAUAGAGAAUGGAGAGAAGAGCGCAACACACUAUUAUCUUUUGCCUGAGAAGCAAGCUUUUGAGGACUCAUCCGAGAAGUUUAUCCGGGUCAUGGACUGUACUACAGCUCGCAAUACAGACGUGUCCAACACAGACUGGGACUAUCACAACAGGAGGAAAGCACAUGUGCAUUUAGUUUGACACGCGUUAUAUGAAGUAACAGGACUCUUAUAAAUGAGCGAACAACCACUAAACCAAAUGGUGAAACUGGACACUAACAACCCUCAAACCGCUGCUUUUUACCUUUGUUUUUUUUACUCCUUAUGUAUUCUGAACACACAGGGUAUGUGCGCACUGCAUUUAGUUACUGGUUAUGUUGGAGUAUCAUCUAUCACAACAGAGAUACUUUACUUAAGUGUAUCUCCAACCAUAAGUUGUAGGCAAACUUCAAUGUUAUAGAACUUAUUUUUGAUAUGACUUUUAUUUCAUGACAUUCACUGUCAUUUUUGCUGAUGAUGUGGUACAGUCAGAAGGUACAAGCAGGCCUUGAACCUGAUGUGCUCAGUGUUUUGUGUCUGGAUGGAAGAGAAUGUUUUGUCAGAUGAAUGGGGAGGUUUUGAUGCUGCUCUUGUGAGUGAAAAGGGACAAAAGGUCAGUAAUGUAACCAUAUAUCGCAUAAUAUAUCAAGUCUAAAUACAAGGCCAAUAACUUUUUUUAACAAAAUGAAGGAUGCUAGCACACACAAAUCACCUUUCUGUUUAUUAUUAUUAUUAUUGUCAUGGUAUGUUUUGUACCAAGAACUGGGUUCAUUACUGAUUGCUAUUUGUGUCUUCAUUGGAAGGCCUACUGCAACUCAUGGUGUGGUUGUGUGUAUGUAUGCGCAUGGAUGUGUUCUGUUAAUGUGAGCAGUAGUGGGAAAAGUGUUUUGUGGAUUCUACAUAGAAUGAAUUUCUACUUUUAGUUGAACCUUGUCAACUAUACUUGUUACCGUGCUCUGCUUAUUGGCAGCGCCUGCUUUUGAGUAUAGCUCUCUGAAGUGCACACAUCUGGUUGUGUUCUUUCAGUGUCCAGGUCUGUUUUGUUGAACAGAAAUUGAAUAUAAAUGAAUGUAUGCUAUUCUUUCUGAAAUUCUAUCAUUUGGACAUUUGGAGUAGUCUGUUUUGGUCAAGCUGUGAGUAAUUGCUCGGAACUAAUUUAAUUUAUACUACCUCCCUUGAUAAUUAUCCUAUAUUUCACAUAUUCUUCGGUGUCGAAAAGGUGAAAUUUGAAUCUAUAAAUCCAUAAAAGAUUAGUCAAAACAGCUUAUAUCUGACCUGACACACAUUGUGAUUCAGAUUAAGAGCAACACAAGUCAAUUUAAACCAGAUAUCCUUAAAUAAAGAUUUUAGAUCAUACAGAUAUUAGAUCACUAAAAGUUAGGCUAACCUGUUAAUACAGACGCAUUACAAAGACAGUACAGGGUUUUCCUACCUGACAUAGACUUUCCUGUUCUGCUCAUGCAUUCCUGUCUUACAUGAUUGCAGUGGGUGUGGUCUGAGAGACUUUGGCUGCUGGCAGCCUAGAAAAUCUAUGAAUUUUAUUGUCGUAGACUAUUCAAGACACAUCAGGAUUUUAGUAAAUGUAGCACAUGUAUUGAAGUAGCCUUGGUAUUGAACAUGGUGUUCAGUUUGGGAAACAGAAAACUGCUAAGGUCAAAUGGUCAUUGAAGUGAACUAUUUCUCUCCCUCCUGCUCACAAAGCUUCGCAAAUUUCUUUUUGCUUCGACUUAAAUGUCUGAAAAAUGUUUACAUCAUACACUGAUACUAUUUAAUCUUAAGGUAUUCAUAUGUCUUAUUAGAUAAUAAAACUGAAUGAAGACAAGUUUAUUAUGAAAUAACAUCUCUGCUGUGGUGAAAACAUGCACUGGGAGAGUACAGUAUGCAGUGUACAGUAUUUAACAAUUCCAUUUGUUGUAAUGAAUAGUUGAUGAGUAUAUAGUCUUUACAAAGAAAGCAAAAAUAAAAGUGCUUAUUUAUGAA